ACACACAAGUCAUCGCUCAGCUGUUAAACUACUCGACAUCUGCCACAUUUUUUACGAAAUAACAGAAAAUACGUUUGAUUCAACUCACACGACGUUUCACAGCAUUUUGUACUCUUGGAGGAGGAACUCUUCUUUUUGUCUAUGUUCUGCCCGGAACAUUAUCGAGGUGACACAUGACAACAAAAAUACGGAAGAAGCGAGAAUCAGGUGACACAACUCGCUUCAAUUGUGUUGUGUAAAAAAAAAAACAAGCCUGUAUUAUGGAGGACCAAGAGAUGCAGCUGAAAGUCAGACGAGUGUCAGACAAAUUCACGGAGAGUAUGUAUGUCCUGGCUAACGAGCCUUCGGUGGCUCUGUACAGACUGCAGGAACACGUCAGAAGGUCCCUGCCUGAGCUGGUGCAGCACAAGACAGACAUGCAGAGCUGGGAGGAGCAGAGUCAAGGAGCUAUCUACUCUGUGGAGUACGCUUGCAGUGCCGUGAAGAGCAUGACAAACAGCAGCAUGUAUUUCAAAAACAUCGACGGCCUCCUCCGUCAGGCCAUCAGCAUGAAGGAACAGAUCAGCAGCACUCAAGGUCGCAGAAAAAGGACUAUGGACUCUGGCACGCCAAAGGAAGCUGGAGAAAAGCACAGCUCCGGGAUGUGAUGGCCGGACCCUCCUGAGCUGCCGGUGUUGCUUCCACAGUCCCUUUACUUUACUACCUCUUGAUUGAGGUUGAAGUGGGGUCUUAAGGGCAACACCUCCUCAUCACAAUGGAGUGACUGCCUCCAGUGACCCCCACCAGUGCAAGCCGCUCAGUGGAACAGAGCAACCAGAGCACUGCCAGGGCCAGCAUUUAAAAACACUCAAGUCAUGGACGCUGCUCAAAGAAUGCAUUGUUCUCUUAGACUUGCUGGACAGACCGGAGGGAAAGCAGUUGAGUUGUUUUUGCCUCUGCUGCUGGAAAUCCUCAGUUCUGCCUAUGGUUUGGACAUUAGUUUUCAGGUUUCUGUGAAAUAGUUGCUACUUAAAGUAUUUACCAAGUACUAAACUAGAAAAUCCAGCAUGUUUUAAAUUCAAAGAACUCUCUUUUUCACGCAUUUGUUCUUACCUGCCAAAUAAACAGAAACCCCAAUGCAGAACAGUCCUAUAGCCACGUGUCGAAUAGACCUGCUAUCCAAAAGGAACCAGUCUGCUCUGUGGAAACAAAUGUCAUAUGUUUAAUGUCAAAGUGCAAGCAUGUCUACAGUUUAACCCUCUACUUUGGUUUUCUUACUGUGGUAAAUGAUAUAAAGCAUGAUAAAAGCAUCAUUUUUGAGUUUCUUUUA